AUGCGGCUACUGCACUGGAACCUUUGCCUGGACUUCUUAGAGUCCUCUACAUGGGCUGCCUGGGGUUUCACUAUACUCAGCCUUUGGGACAUUGUCGAGAACUUCGCUUAUCCACAGGUCUCCAUUCUGCACCAGUUCCUGGAGUGGGGUCAGGUGCAGCCUCCCGACCUCGGUCACCUGGGUCGCCUUGCACCACCGCUGAUGGUCCCGCCAGUCCGCGACUCUGACUCGCGAGACGAGCGGCCGGGCUUCUGGGUCUUUGAGUUGGGCUCCCACCGGGCCCUCUCCAACGAGCCCAUUGCGAUGCUGAGCGAAGCCUUACCAGGACACGAUGUUGCACACCAGAACUUCGUGAAACCCUACGAAGGGAGGGCAGAAGCCUUCAUCCAUCCCUUCCCGCAGAGCUGCAGCCCCAACUGCCCUCACCAGCAAGAGAGUGUGCCCUAUAGCUUCCCCAUCUUCAUGGACAUGGAACAAUCCAAACAGGACUUUCAUGCAUGGAUGCUGGGCAACUAUUUGAACAAGCCCGAGAUCAGCCGCUCGAGCAUUUUCCUGUGCACGAACCCCAUCUACUAUUGCAACUUCUUCGUGGGACUGAACAAGACCAUCUUGGGGUAUUUUGGCUUGCCCUUACUCUACAUGGUGCCGCACAAGGAUUGGUCCAGGUGGCUCGAUGAUUUCAUAGAGCUUGCUGCCUUGCCCAGCAGCCUUUUCGUGUCCAAUAACCCGCUUCAUUCAGCGCAGGUGGACUGGCAGAGCGGCGUGCGGCUGCCAGUGUUGCGUCCAGUGGCAUUAUACAUCACCGAGCGGUUUCGCCCGGAACGGCUGCAGGAGGUCUUGGUACCUGAGCCAAGGGAGGCAUGUGUGCUCUACUGCAUGCUGCGGGCGUUCACCCCUGAGGGAUAUCCCUUCCACUUCCUGGGGAAGGCUGACACCGACCGAAGCUACCAGACCUUCUCCACCUUCCGCUCGGUGGUCUUGUAUCCGCACGACUUUGCACUCAUGACCUUUUACGAGUUCUAUGCCAUGGGAAUGCCUCUCUUCAUGCCUUCGCACAUGUCGAAAUAUUUGUUUCCUUUUAGCGCUUCAGUGGCCAUGUUGGAUUGGGUACCUGAUGACUUGCGAAGUGCGCCGGAGCGUCCGCCCUUCUCGCCCUUGAGCCUCACCAGCUCGGCAGCUCUGCACUUCUGGCGGCCGCAGAUCGACUUCUUCGCGCUGCCAGCGGUGCAGCUCUUCGGCAGCUUGGCGGAGCUGCUGGUCUUGCUGCCGGAGGCCGAUCUCAUGGCCAUUAGCCGAAAGAUGCAGGAGAAUCGGAAGGCCAGGCUUGAAAGUGGAGCGGCUUUCUGGCACUCCGUGGCCAAAGCAGCCGCGAGAGAUCGUCAGCCAAUGUGA